AUGUGCCACGCCCAUCCCAAAAUUUGUCACAUCUGUUAUUAUGUGUACAAUGCUAAGCCACACUAUAUUCCUAAAUUGGAUUCCAUUAGUUGUGAUGAAGAGGGCAGUGUUAUAGGGAUUGGGUCUAGUGCUAUAAGUGAAGGAAUAAUGCAAACCAAAAUUAAUAAACUUGAACAUCAGUCAGAAAAGAGAAAGUCAAGAGAAAGUUAUUCUUUUGGAAAGACUAAAAAAAGAAAAAAAUUGAAACAAUGGACUCAAACAACCAAAUACAGAAAAGUGUCUAGUCACUCGGAAUAUCAUUGCGAAGAAUAUGAAAAGAAAAAAAAAAAAUUUGAGACAACUAUCAAACCUAUGAGAAUUAAUUUAGUUAAUGAAUCUGAAGAUGAUUUUAGUGAUGAGUUACCUGAUAUAGAUGAUGUACAGAUCAUCAAUACACCCAUUAAGAAAGAAUUUCAAUCAGAUUUAGUGAAUUCUAUUUGCAUUAUUCCUGCAGAAUAUGAUAGUAUGGAUGAUUUUGAAAGUUCAGCAAAACAAAUUAAACUGUCUCAAAAUGAAGUGAAAUCCACAAAGAAAGACUCUACUUUCUCCAAGUCUAAUCUUUUAUUUACCUCUGAACAUAAGAAUAAACUUGCUAAACUAUUAUCAUCAGUGUCGUAUAAAAGUAAACCUAAAAAAGACAAAAUAACUGUUUUAGAUGGGGAAGCCAAUGACUCCUCAGAAGGUUCUAGACAUUGGAUGGAUUGUUUAGAUAGCUUAAAUCAAACACAUAAAAUACCUAAUGAAAGUGAUUAUCAGUCUGAUACUUCAUUAGAAUCCAUUAAGAUACUUGCAUCUUCACAAGGUAGCUCUAGUGAUGCUGGUAGUACCACAUCUUUACUACAACAACCAUUGCGUUCUUUGGAAUAUUGCCAAAGUGAUGAUUCUCAGGAAUCUGAUGGUCCUAAAGAGGGAAGUAUUGAAGAAAGUUCAUUACCAAUUUAUACUAAAAGCAAAGUAAGUGAUACUCAAGAUUGGAUUGAUCAAAAUGUGAAUCAAUGUGCUCAGUCUGAAGAUAAUGUUAGAUUAACAGCUGAUGGGACCAGUAUCACAUCAGGGAUUUCAUUACGUAAUGUACGGGUUGAACCAAAUGAGCCAAUUGACAAUGCCAUAGCUCCAAAUUAUUCCUAUACUAAUCAGUAUUAUACUAGCAUUAAUAAUGUGAAAUUUUCAGCAGCAUCAAUUGUAAACAAUCUUGUGGAAUCCUUCAGUGCUAUGCAUAUUUAUAGUUUAGAGGCUGCUAUGGAAGAGGGUGAUGCCUUCUUUGAUUGUAGUUUGGAUAUUUUGAAAGGUUUCGUUGCUCAAAACAAACCAACAGUUAAAGUGUUGAAUGAUAUUUUAUUCAAGGGUUUGUUAGGGAAGUAUAGUGUUUAUAUUUGUGUCAAAUGUUACAAUAUAUUAAGGUUUGUGUGGCAGACCUAUCCUGAUCUAAUUCAAAUUGAUUGGGAUGUUCUUUGUGAUAAAAUUGGAGGCGUAACGUAUCAAAGCAACUCUUCAUGUACAACGAAUUUACAAAGCGGAUUACUUUUACAUCUCUAUGUGUUUGGAUUUGAAAUUAACAUUUUUCAAAAUAGUAUUCGGAACAGAAGUAAGCUUAUGCGAACAUUUGCUUUUAGACUGCUCUCAGAAGAUUGCGCUUUCUCUAAUCUAAAGUUGAUUAUAACGUGGAUUGAAUUCUGUAUUAAUUCAUCUUCUCAUGAAGGCAUUACCGAAGCAUUUUUGCAGGGUGAAGCACAGAUGCCUGUAGAACUGACUGAAAAACAUUUGAUAAAUUUUGAUGCACCAUACAAAUUACUUCCAGAUUUAAACAGACUGUUAGAGAUAGGUAUUGACAUCAGUAAAAAUUGUCUUGAUGCAUCUAGAAGGAUAGCUUCAGAACUGGAAAAAACAUAUAUUUAUGCAUCAGAUUUAAAACAAAAGAAAAUUUUGAUACAUUUAGUGUGUUCAGACCUAUUACGGUUAAAACUUAUUCAGAGAGUUAUGGAGGACUAUUGUGAGGGUAUAGUGCCCACACCAACUAAUUUCCCAUUAUCCUUUACCAGAUUAAAAGAUGGUUAUUUUAGUGCUCGUCCUCCAAGAAGUCCAUUAUGUACCCCUCCACAAUCGCCUAAUAAUGGAGAAUUUCAUGGAAAUGGUAAUGUAGUUAGUGAUUAUACACCAGAAAGUGUUGAAGAAUUGAGUCUGUUGGUUUACUAUGCUGCCAAGAGUUUCUUAAAUUGUAAUAAAAGAUGUCUACAUGAUCCAUUACACCAACGGAUUUUUCAGAAGAACCUCGAUGAUGUUGAUAAAAUUGCUUUGGAAACACUUCCAGAGAGGGCAAUGGAAUUUUACAGACAUCUACAGCAUCUUAAUCCAGAAUUAACACCCGCAGCUCAACAAAAUUGUAUUAUGCUAACAUGUUUGUCUGAAACAUAUUUUUUAUAGCUCAAAGCCAAGACUGUUUUUAGAUAUUUUCCCAUUUUGUUAUAUGUUACAGAGUUUUGAAAUUUGUAUUGGAGUUUUUCAUGUUCAUAUUUUGUAUUUGUUUUUUAAUGGCAUAAUCCAAAAAGAAAAGUCUGACACUUGAUUUGUCUU